CUGACGGGCCAUCAAGCACGUCACCAGAUUCUUUGAGCGCCGAGGGCUGAGGAAGGGCAGAGGCGCGCUUUUCUCCCACCGAUCCGCCCUAGACAAAUCUUUUAGCUCCAGCUGCGCGGUGCGCGCGGUCCUCUGCCGAUCCAGGCGCCCUCGCGACCUCUUCGAGGAUUGGAAGAAGCAAUCGAUCGUUCCAGCGGAGAAGCUGUGAGUGUUUUAGGUCUGUGGGCUUCAUGCAAGCUCCUGGGUUUAGCAAAGCUCGUAUUGGGAAAAGCUCUAGAAAUGUCGAUGGUCGCGGCGAUAGAUAGGUUGAUCCAAGAUCGCAACAUGGACAAAGAUCCGGUCAUCGCAGCGCCGCCGCCACGCUCGCCGCCUUACGGGCUGGUCAAGGAAAGAAGGUUCUACCAGGAUGAUAUGGUCGGAAAGACGCUGAAUGACAAGCAAGCUCUGGUGGCCGAAGGAAAAUCGCCUGCUACUCCCGCUGCUGCUACUCCUCGCAAGCUUGGUACUCCUUCCGGCUAUGGCGAAGAUUUCUUCUUCGAUGCUCCAGAGUCUCCAUUCGCAGGCAGUGAGACGUCGUCCCAGUGUGACUACUCCGGAGUGGAGACCUCCACGACUCUGGCAGAGGCUACCGCGGACUCGGCGAAGCAUCAGCAAGACAUGGAAGAGCUCGAGCGAUACAAGAAGGCGGAGGAAACGCUAGAGAUUGUUCUCCAGAAGCUAGCAGACGGUGGUUUGGCGGUGCCACCGACGCUACUCGAGAGGAAUGGAGGAGCGCUAGAAGUGGAGGACUUGGACAUAGUCGGGCAGCUCCAGAUAAAGAAGAUGGUGGAGGCGGCGGUGGCGAGAGGGGCUGCCAAGGCCGAGUGCGAGGAGCAGCUCCAGGCGGAGCUGGAGAGCAAGAACACGGAGAUCGAGACCAAGAACCGCGAGGUGACGAGGCUGCGGGACAAAGUUCGAUACAACGAGCUCCUCAACCGGGAGAUUUCGCAGAGAAACCAGGAAGCCAUCGAAAUGGCUCGAAGCAAGCGUAGAGCGAGGAAGAGGAUGAUCCGGUGGGCCGUGGGCUCAGCCUCGGCGGCCAUCGUGGGUGGCAUCGGUGUAGCACUUGUGUACAAGUACUCGUCGUGGGAAUUUUUGAGAGCUAGCAAGCCUGAGGCGACGUCUGAGUAAGAAGACAAGGAAAAACAAAGAGAAAAAAGAAAAACUAAACAAUGGAUAAUAAGUCUUUGUUACGAUGUCUCGUGUUUUUUUUUCCUGGAUUUGUUGAAAGCUGCAAAACCAUGUAACUUCAAGCAAUAUGCCAAGCUUCAAUAACCUCUUUUAAGUUAAAUAACAGAAAAAGUAUAUUAAACCAA